UAGUGCAGUGUUCAAAAAAAGUUUUAAAGAGAAAAAGAAUGAAGCAAUUCGAACGUUAUACAUUUUCCUCAAUGAAACGCAGCGUCAAUACAGCGAAUGUUUUGCGGAGGCUGCAAAACAAGAUUCAUUACUGGAACUACAACGUGAUUCGAUUGAAUCAUUGCAGAAAAAAAUUAUUUACAAAGAAUCCAACGAACUUUGUAAAAUAAUUCUUCUUCACUUUAUUUAUUUGGCUUAUAUUUUUCAUUUACAGGAGCAGUUAAAAACUUGUGGCAGUGAUUGUGAACAGUUAAAAAUUAAGAUUGAGAGGCUUAAGAAAAAUAAUAAAUCCCUCGAAGAAAAAUAUUUGUCUGCUGAGUUUUUAUGGAAAGACAGUCGAUUGAAAAAUUCGAAUGAUUUGGAAACAAAAGAAGAAGAGAUGAAAAUUUUACAAUUGGAAUAUGAAUCGUUGAUGGAGAAAAAUAUGGAUUUACAAAAAGAACUUAGAAAAUACAGAAUUGACUUUGAACUCAUUGAACAGGAAUUAAAGAAACAAAAUGAAAUUUGUUUAUUAAGGGAAAAUUUACAAACGGAACUAGACAAUGUUCAGAAACUAAAAACAGAAUUAGAAAAGAAUAAUGAAAAUUUGGUGAUUGAACUUGAAAAAUACAAAGUUGAAUACGAAAUGAUUCAAGAGGAAUUAAAACAACAAAAUACUGAAUACAUUCCAAAAUUGCGAUCAGAUUUGGAAAAUAUGGAUUUUCAGAAACAAGCACUAAUUACCGAAUUGGAGGAAAUGAGAAAUCAUAAUGAGAGGCUUAUUGAAAAAUUAAAAUUAAAUGACGACAAAGAAGACAGACUCAAUGAGAGAAUUUCCGAAUUGGAAAAUAAUCAAAAAGAGAUGAUUGAAAAAUUGAAGGCGAAGAUACUUUUCAGCGAGCAACAGACGGAAAAUUAUAUUUCGGAAUUAAAUGAUUCGGAAAAAAUGUCGAAUUUCUUAAAGAGAUUAUUGGAAGAAAAAUCUGAUUGCAUGGCAAAAUUACAAGCAGCUUAUCAAGUAAUGAAGAAUAAUAAUACAAUUUUAAAAACGGAAUACGAAAAAUUGGAGAUCAAAGCAAAGGAAGAUAUUUGUGCAUUACAAAGCAAGAAGAAAGAAAUUCAACUUCAACUUGAAAUUAUUGAAAAUAAUUACGAAACUGUUACUCAGGAUUUUAAUAAAAGUCAAGAACUUUUAAAUAUAAGCGUCAAACGAGAAGUUGAAUUACAACAAAUGUUGACAAAUAUGGAAAAGAAAUUCUAUUCCAGAAUGAUGAACACAGAAGAAGAGGAAGUGAGACUAAAGGAAUUAACAAAGAAAUUGAAAAAAGAACUCGAACACGAAAAGGAAGAAGUUUCGUCGAAAAAAAUAGAACUCGAAAAAAUCCAAUCGGCUUGCAAUCUUUUUUCGAGUCAACUUGAAGAAACACAAUACGAAUUACAGAGCCAGAAGAAAAAUAAUUUAAAACUCCAAAGUGUAAAUUCUUCUAUCAAAGCAAAAUUACAAGAUUACAGAGAGGAAAAUUCGAAACUUUUGAGGAAAAUCAAAUUUCUCGAGCAAAAUAAUGAUAAAUCGAAUAAUGACCUGGAGGAUAUGCACAAUAUGUUGGUCGACUUGAAAAAGGAAUGUAAAAUGAAAAAUAGAUCUUUAGCUUCAAUUACUGCCGAAUUGUCACAAGCGACGGCUAGCCGAUCAGAAUUAUGCAAUGAAUCACAAUAUGUUGUUUCCUGUAUACGCGACUGGAUGGAGGAGCAGAACAAUAUCGUUGACACUUUGAAUGAAAAAUUGAAAAGCAAACAGGAACAACUCGAAAUUCUUGGAUUUCAAAAGAAAGCGCUGCUGAUGAAAAUCAAGGAGCAAAAGCGAAUUAUAAACGCUUUUCAACAGAAACGUAAACGUUAUCAAAGAUCUUACAUGGGUUCAAGAAAUAUUUGCAACAAUAAAAAUUAUUUUAAUUUACGAACUUUGCAAACACAAAGUGAACCCAGUUCGACUCAUUCUCUAUUAUCGAAGGAAUAUUUUGCAAGAAGAUGUAAAAAAUCAGAAUACUGGAGUUCCACGUUUUUUCAGGAAAUUAAACAUUUAACAAAGGCACUGAAGAAGGGAAAUGAAUUUUUCCAAGAAAAUUCGACUUUUCAUUCUGAAAAUGAUUUUGGAAUUGACGAGAAUCGAGAUUGUGGAUAUCAAUCAUCGACCAGUAAAUGAUGGUAAUAUUACAGUUUUAUUUAUUAUUUUUUUUGAGACAAUAUGGAAUCUUUUUGUAAGGCUGAAAAAUAGCAAAGCUUUCACACGUAAGACUGAAAGCGAAAAAUAAUUAACUAGAAAGUUUCUCUUUUGUAAAAGCCAUAUUUAUAACGACAGUUUUUUUAUUUUAAUAAAUCUUCUUUUGAUA